UCCUUUCAUUCACACUCUCCUCUUCCGUGCGCUUGGUGAGAACCGACGGCGCUUCUGCAGGAGCGGAAUCGCGCGCCCCCGCCACCGGAACCUCCUCGUUCCGCCACACACACACACACACACGCGCGCGCGUGCCCGUGCCGCCGCCGCCGCGACCCCGGUGAUGAUGCCGGAGAGAUGGAGAAACUGUCCGCGAGCAUCUCGGAGCUCUCGUGGAGCGCAGUGUCGCUGCCGCUGGACGCCGUGGUGGGCAAAUUCCGCCUGCCUACACUGGUGAAGCUCAGCGCCGGUGAAAAUGUAGAAGGGUUGUCCGAGGAGGACGUCGUCCUGUUACACUCAUGUCGGCAGUGGACUACAGUCACCGCCCACUCGCUGGAGGAGGGGCAUUACGUCAUCGGACCCAAGAUUGACAUCCCGCUGCAGUAUCAGGGGAAGUUUAAGUUGCUGGAUCAGGACCGGGAUGUCCGGGAGCCGGUCCAGUACUUUGCGAGCGUGGAGGAAAUCGCCGGAACUUUCCCCGAUCGAGUGUUCGUCAUGGAGCCGAUCACGUUCAGCAUGAAGGUGGUGUCAGGUGAGUUCAGUGAAGACAGCGAGGUGUAUAACUUUUCCCUCCAGGCGGGAGAUGAGCUGACUCCAAUGGGUCGGGCUGAGCUUCUCUGUGUUCAAUCUGCUCGUGAGAAGUCGCGCCUGGCCGCAUUGUUGCGUCGGCUGGGCAGAGUGGGCGGGGCUUCAGGACGUCCCAUCCGCACCAAGCUGCCCUGUCUGAUCUGCCUUAAUCAGCGGACGCGGGAGAGCGUGCGGCUCCCUCUGCAGUGUCGGGGUCGUUUCUGCACUCGAUCGCCGCUGGAGCUGCGCAUGCAGGCGGGCGAACACACGCUGCGCACCAUCAUCGAACGCGUGCGGCUUCCCGUCAAUGUGGCCGUACCACCACAUCCACCGCCUCCACCUCGCAGCCGCUACGACCAGCACACCAUCCGCCAGGGCCAGCGUUACAAGCUGCUCGCCAUCGUCAGUCGGACCGUGGUGCUCUGCUGUGUCCUGCGCAAACAAGAAGUGACGCCUUCUCACUUCCUGUUGCUUAAUGACAUGCCGCGCUUCACGCUACCUGAUGGCUUGUUGCGUGACGACCCUGUCUACCAGCGGGCGGUGCUGCUAAGCGCGCUCCGUUGCCAGGAGACCUUUGACCCGGACGAUUAUUCCCGAGCCGUACGGGAGGUGAAGGUGGACCUGACUGAGGAGUGUGUGAGUCCACGCAGGAUACGAGUGUAUCCCGUAUUCUCGCCACAGAGACUCUCGUUGUGCGUUUACGGGGGCGGAGCCAUCACACCGACGACCACAACAGGCUGCAGGGACUCGCUGGGAGACACACAAACUCCCCCCGGAGUCGAGGGAGAGAGGGAAGGGGUGGGCGAAGGGGAAGAGCGAGAGUAUGUCACCCCUGAUUGGCCCACAGAGACACAGGAAAUUCCUUAUGAAGAGCUUUGGACCAAUCAGAGUGGAGGAAGCUAUGCGGAGGUUCCUGAAAGCACAGUCAAAGCUGAGCACAACCUUAUAUCCUUCCACUCCACUUCCUCAUUAGAUGGUACAAUAGGCUCCACCCAUGUUGCUAUGGUGCAGAUGGAAGCAGGACGAGUACCGACUCCACCCCCUGUUCCUCCGAAAUCAGAAGCUGUGAAGGAGGAGUGUCGGUUUCUGAACGCUCCUCCUGUUCCACCCCGCUGUGCUAAUGCUGGAGGCCCCACCCCCAGUCCGCCAGUCCCACCCCGUUUCCCUAAAGUUCCAACUACAAGCACACGCAGUCCAAAUGUGUCCUUUUACUCCUCAGGCCUGCCGGAGAGCUCUGCUCCUCGUAGUGGAAGUAAUUCUCCCUCUCCAGACUCCUACUCUCUGUACUGUUACCCCUGCACGUGGGCUGACUGUGUAACCUCUGACCCCUCUGCAUCACCUGACCCUAACCAGCCUGCGCAGGCCUGCUGGUCACACCCUCGAAGUGGUGGAGUUUUCACUUCCAAUAUUCUAAAUACACCCCUCCUUAGUACAGACACAGCCCACAAAAACUACUCCACCUGUCCCCGACCUCGUCCAGCUGCGCAGAACCGCUUUGCCCCAUUUGGCGCUCUGAACCCUUUUGCCAAUCCAGGACACGCCUCAUCUGAUUGGCUUGCCACGGGCCGGAAAUCCCCUAAUCUGCUCUCUGACCUCACUAGUGCUACCCCUCAGGAGCCUCAAACCAAUCCGGAGACAAGUCCGGUUCCUCCACCCAGACCAUUAAAAAGUUUAGAGGAGGAAACGCCUGUGUCUACCAUGGUGAGGGGCGCAGAAGGUGGAGCUGGGUUAUCAUGGCGACCCCCAGCAGAUCUGUGCUGGCUCUCAGUGGAGGAGGUGUCAUCCUGCUUACGUUUCAUCGGGCUGGCGGACGAUGUGAUUGGCCUGUUCAGCCGAGAGAGGAUUGAUGGGUCAAUAUUCACCCAGCUCACCGAAGAAAUCCUGUCCGAGGACUUCAGCCUUACCAAACUACAGGUCAAAAAGAUCAUGCAGUUUAUCAAGGGCUGGAGACCCAAGAUAUGAGCCUUUACACACACCCACACACUCACACACACAGAUACUGUGAACAGUAAAACCAUAUGCAUGAUGGUACAUAAAAAAUUAAAGGUGCGUUUCCAUAGAGGUUCUUUUGAGGAGCCGAAGAGUUCCUGCAGGAACUAUGAUUGUUAUGUAAAAAAAAAAACCCAGCAGUACAGCAAACAGGUGUGUAAAAACGUGUGGAUCAGAAAUCUAAAAGGUUUCCAAAAAGUUCCAAAAGACAAUUGAAGUCUCUUACCUUAAAAAUUCGGAGUUCCUGAACAAGUUUCCGGGCUUUCUGAAAGGUUCCUCUGGUGAAAGUCUGGCUAAAAUGCACUUACUAAAGAGAAGGAACUAAAAAAGAUUCCAGGAACUACAAUUGGCAAGUGGAAAUGAAACCUCCUGGGUUCCUGAUUAGGUUUCUAGAGGGGAAACAUGGCUAAAGUUCUGGAGUACCUACAAUGUUACUGAAAAUUAGGCACCUUACUAAGGAAACACGGCCAAGGUUUCUUAGUUGAAAAGGUUCCUCAGCUUCUUGAAAAUGUUCUAGUGGUGAAAACAGGUGUCAUAGUUCCUGAGAUGAGGUUCCAGGGUUCCUGAACAGGUUCCUCUGGUGGAAACACACUUGAUAUCAGACAAUAAUGGUCUGCAAAAGAGUAUGUACUGUGUGACAAGUUCCUGAGCGAGCUCCUGAGUUCCUGCAAAGGUCCUUCUGGUGGAGAUGUGCCUAAUUUCAGACCGUAGAAGCAUAUCUUUGUGUGUGUGUGUGUGUGUUAAAAUGAAGAGAUGCACGUGUGUUCCUCGUGCUGAUUUAUUUUGUGAGGGUGGAUUGCUCAAAGCUCAGCUGCUGAACAGCAUUGAACUACUGAACAGUAUCAGUAUCAGUGUGUGAGAGUCAGAGUAAAUAUAAACCUCUGUGUGUGUGUGUGUGUGUUUGUGGUACAUGAGUGUUUUGUUCUAAAAGGAAAGAUUUUAUAUAUUUAAAUACCGCACAGUCUAUACUUAGCUCCUCUAGGGAUCGUCUCUAAACUCCAGUCCUGUACAAACGUGGUUUCUGGGGACCGUCUCACAAAACACAAACAAUCCAAUAGGGACUAAUGUCGAACACUACUCAAGACUGUCUGGUUUAUAUAAUUUGUUAGGGAUUAUUAUUAUUUUUUCUUUACAUUGUUGGACACAGAGUUGAUAACACCACACUGCUCAGACUGGCGUGCCUUUAGAGGAACUAUAACGGAACGACGGAAAAUUCUGCUAUAUUUUAUGGAGACUUGAUUCUUUUUUUCCCUUCUUUUUUUAACCUGAAAUGUGACGACUCUGUACGCUGUCUUUGAUGCAUCCGUGUCUUGAUUCUGUUGCUCCUGUGUGUGUGUGUAUACCGUAGGUACGUUGGUGUAUGAGGGGUGAAUAGGUACAAGAAGUCAGGCUCCGGAGCAGCCCUGAGUAUUAUAAGGCCCUGAGUAUAGACUCUUGAGUUUACUAACACACACGUUGCUGUUUUAGUGGCGCUACCGCCGCAUCACAAACUGACCUCCAACUGAUUAUUGAUUGAUUAUUGAUUAAAGUCACCCAAGUCGUAGAA